AUGCGGUGCGCGAGCAAGGCCGCCGAGAGCGCGCCCGCACGUCUCUGUGCGGACGCCGAAGCAGAAACCACAGCAACUGAUGUCUCAUCGGUUGCUGAAGCGACCCAGCCUGUGUCACUUGGUGAUGCAGGCGCUGGUCAUGAAGACACUCAUGUCUUCACAGAGUACGAGCUCGGUGUCUCGUACUCUCCUGAUACGGAAGACGGAUCCGUAUCGACGGCGAUCGAAUCCAAGCCGCCUGCCAAGCGUGGCAUGGACGAUGCUUUGCGUCGCAGCAUCUUUGGUUCAUUUGAUGAAUCAGAUGAACCAUCGCCGAAGCGAAGGCGCUCGAGGUCGCGAGACUCGGGCGCUAACAGUGGUGUCGGUUCUCCUAUGGACACCACUUCGCAACGAGGUGCCAGUACUUCUGUCGGCACGUCGCAGGAAGAGCGGGACCGCAAUGUGUUGCGUCUCGCUCCCGAGAAGAAGGCAUGGAUGCCUCCAAAAUCCGUCAUGGAUCACUUGUCGGCGACGACGAGUGAUCGUUAUCGAACACGAUUGUUCGAUUCGUCAAGGAUCCAUCACCUUGACCCCAGCGCGAAAAACUAUCGCGCUGAACAUGAAUUCUUUAUCGAUGCUUUCUUUAGACAUCGAUGGUACAGUGGGAAUCACAAACGUGAUGGUCCCUCACUUCUUCAGGCGUGGAACGCCUACAUCCAUAACCUUGAGGAUGUAGGUCGUGACGCUUGGAACGACAAACUUAUCAAAGCUCGUGAUAAGUUUGAAAAGCGAACCCCGACAGGUGCACGCUACAAGCUGCAUCGUCUGUCAAGGGAGAAAGGAUUACCCUGCCUCUCAUGGGGAGAUUCGUGCCCGUGUUGUGUGAACAACUCUGCACGAGCACCUAAGUAG